GUUUCAAUUUAAUUGAUAUCGCAACAAAAAAUAUAAUACAUAAUUUAACUAAUUAAUAAGAAAAAAAUAUGAAAUUAAACUUUAAGCUAGUACUAUUUUUAAUUAUUAGUAUUAUAAUAACAAUAUAUGAUGGUAACGCUGAUGAUAGUAAAAAAUUAAAUCCCAAUGUUGUUGUUGUCGUUGUUGGUGGUGCUGCUGCUGCUACCGGUGCUUCCGGUGCUGUUGGUUCAGCUGCCGGUGCUGUUGGUACAGCUGCUGCCGGUCCUGUUGGUGAUAGUGCCGGUCCUGUUGGUGCUGCCGAUGCUGGUGGUCCUCCCGAUGCUGGUGGUGAUGGAGGUGGAGAUGAUGGAGGAGGAGAUGAUGGCGAUGAUGGUGGUGAAGGAGAUGCUGCUGCUGCUGGUGGUGGUGCUGGACCAGUGCUUCGGGUCGGUGAAGAUAUCACAUCAAAAAAACGUCGACCUGGCGGUGGCGGCGGCGGUGGUGGUGGUGGUGGUGGUGGUGGUGGUGGUCGACAAGGAAACGGACAAAAUAGACGUCGAAAUGGCCGUCGAAAUAGAGGUCGAAAUGGCCGACAAAAUGGCCGUCAAAAUGGCGGAUAUAAUGUCAAAGUAAAUGGCGGCGGCGGCGGCGGCGUUCGAAAUGGUGGACAAAAUGGCGGACAAAAUGGCGGACAAAAAGGUUAGAGGCUAAGGAGAUAUCGGUGGACCUCUAAAAUGUAGCGUGAUCAUUUACUAUGUGUUACAAACAUAUAUUUUUAUUAUCAAGCUCCAUUUUUUGGUUUCAAUUAUGUCCAUCAAUAAUAAUAUUUUUAAAUUUAAUUUAUUUAUAAUAUUCAAGAUUCUGUAUUUAUGUAUAAU